AUGGAGGAGAGGGAAAGAGACCGAGCAGGGAAAACACCGGGAAGAGGCUCCCGUUCCGCCGCAGCAGCAGCGGCAGCAGCACCGGGGCAUGGACCGGAGGAGGGCCGGAGAACCGGGGACCAUGACGCCGAUAAAGUCGACGUGUGCUCGGAGAGCUUCGACCCGCUGCUCGCUCUCUACUCCCCCACCGUGUCGCUUCCUUUCCCCAACGUCAAGUGUUUCAACAACGUGGCGGCGUACGAGAGCUUCCUGAAGGGCGGCCGGGGCCGGGCCAAGCCGGAGAACGUGGAGAAGAAGCGGCUGAAGGCGCUGAAGGGGGUGGCCGACCCGGAGCGCAUCGACCGGCUGAAGAAGCUGAUGGUGAACCACCCGGUGCCGGAGGGGGGGGAGGAGGGGGAGGGCAGCGGCGGAGGAGGCAGCGCCCCGCGGAGCCGGAAGAGGAACAAGCCGCAGAAGAACGUCCUGACCAGGAUGCCCCUGUGGAAAGGCGGUCCUCUGGGUGAGCUGUACCGCUGCGUUGAGGAGAAGGUGAGGGUCAAAGUUCACAUCAGGACCUUUAAGGGACUGAGGGGCGUGUGCUCGGGCUUCAUCGUGGCCUUUGACAAGUUCUGGAACAUGGCAAUGGUAGACGUGGAUGAGACUUACAGGGAUCCUCUGCUGGGAGAAGCAUUCCACCAUGAGAAAGCCCUCACCAUUACACGGCUCUUUGAGAAGCUGAAACUUCAGGAAAGCUCAGGAGGUGACGAUCCAGCAGAGAAACACAAAACCCAGAGACCAGCUGGCGAGCAUCAGCCGGUGAAUCCUAAAGCUUCUCACCCCAGCGGCAGGACAGAGUCCAACGUUCAACCCACACCGGAUAAAGACAAAGCCUCACUAAAGGCCCCGGGCCCCGGAGCCUGUCAGAAGACCGGCUCCCAGAAGUACGGCAAAGUCCACACACGCCACAUCAACCAGCUCUUCAUCCGGGGGGAGAGCGUUGUCCUGGUGAACCCACAGCCACUCUGACUUUUCUCUUCUGGACUAGACAUUCGAUCAACAGUGUUUGAAUUUAAGGCCCCGUACACACCUGGUAUUAAAAUCCAUCCUCAGAGAGCCUAUCAAAAGUGGCCAGCACUAAAUACGUGUUCAUACUUGGUAUUUAAAUAUGUGUCUCCUGUCACUUCCCUGUUCUACAUGCAAAUGAGAACGUACGUCAUUUAUGUUAGAUAAGUUUACAGAUGUGUCUGAUGUCACUGUGUGUGUGUGUCGGCACAAGCGAUCGAAAGAAUGGUAGAGAGACAAGUUUGUUUUAUUGAAGAAAGUGAAACUGUAGAUGAGGUCAGAGGACAUCAGCUGAGUAAGCUUUCCGGGACUGAUUUGCGUUCACACUGUGACAAGAAUGUGGUCACGUGUGGCCCAGACCACCUCCCAAUGUGGUCUGGUGUGAUCGGAUCACAAAGACCACAUUUACCUGGUGUGUACAGGGCCUGAGUUUCACUUCACACUUUGAUGAUAAAGUGCCGGAGAUGUGUCUAUGAUUUAAUUAGAUUCAGAAGAAUCCAUAUUACUGUUAUAUCAUAUUGAUAUGGAGGUUUUUCUCUGCCCACUGGAGAAAACAUCUUGAUUUCGAGAAAUAAAAGCUUCUCACUUAUAA